CUAUCCACAGAAGGAUGCGACUCAACAUUUCUGUGAGAAGCACUUUGAUAAGAUCAAGGUAUACAUGGAGAGGGUGGCGCUGAGGAUACCACUGCCCAGUAAAAUAACACUGGAAGGGCACAGACACAAGAAGCGUCCUAAAGUUCAUUUCCUAUGUGAGAAGAAAGGAGAUCAGUGCUUGUAUUGUCAGCAUUCCUUCAACAUCAAAACCAAGCAGGCAAAGACCUGGAUACAUCUCAUGUUCUUGGACAGACAGGCCAAAGCUCCAUCAGCUUUAAGUCCUCGUGACCCUUCUGUAGCAGAGCUGCGGGAAAUCUGGGAGACUAUGAUGCAUACAGCAGACAGUGGGAGGAGCUUUGUCACAGUGGUCACCUCUUCAUUUCCAACAACAAAGGAUCAGGACAGUCUGAGGCAGGAACUGGACAGUGUCAGAUUCUUUGAUGUGUUUGAGUUUAAUGGCAGUCAGCGUUGCUGGGCAUGUUUCCUGUGCAACCAUCCAGAGAAGGCAACAGGCUUGUUACAAGAUGGACACCCAAUUAUAGCUGGUCAUCUGAAAGAGAAGAAAGGUCGCUGGAAAUUCUUCAAACGCUGGAAAACGAGAUAUUUUACUUUAUCUGGUUCAACAAUGACAUAUUCUGUUAGUAAAGGAGGGGUGACCCAAGAAACGUAUCUUCCAAUCAACAAGAUCCAGAGUGUGAAAGCCAUCAAGAAGGGCUCGAGAGACAUUCCACGAGCUUUUGAGAUUUUUGCCAAUGAUCAGAAAUUUAUUCUAAAACCAAAAGAACGCAAGUGUGCUGAACAGUGGGUCCAGUGUAUUCACAUAGCAGUAGCCAGGUCGCACAAGUCGCCCUCUUCAGGACCCCCAAUUCCAGAGCAGUUUUUACUGGAACAGGAGACAAAAGUUAGCCGUCUUUGAUAAAAUUUUUAUUUCCCUAUAAAAGCACUGUCCCA